AUGGCAACUAAUAAUAGUGAAACAAUGGAAUCACAAAAAAAUAGUAGUAAUGAAAAUAUAAAUAAUAACAACAAUAAUAAUGAUAAGCCUGAUCAAGAUUUAGACUCAGACAAUGUCUUUAAUAAAUUAAAUAAACUCUCAUCCGAAAAAUCAUUUUAUAAAACGUGGACACUUCAAAAUAACAACCAAGAAUCAGUAACAGAAAAUGUAAAUUCAAUUAAUAAUCUCAGCUUUGUAAUCGCAACUCAAAUUAAAAAUCUAAUUUCUAAUUUAACUAAAAAAUCAUAUAAAGCAAAUUCAUCAGAGUUAUCACAGCUCAUUAAUCAAUAUGGUAGCCAAGCAGAAAUAUAUAUAUUUAGAACUUUAGUCGAUAGUAUAGAUUUUAAAAAUAUAACUACACCAAAUACUACACCACCAUCAACUACAGGUAGUACAACAGGUACAGCUACAGCAGGUGGAUCAAGUGGCAGUCAAUUAAGAGUACAACUCUUCAAAGAGGAAUUUUCAAGACUUACAAAACAACCACAUUUUAUUAGCGUUCUUUGUAAAGCAUUCGACGGUUACGAAAAUUUAAAUAUUGAAUUCUUUGGUCACUUUUCAUCAACAUUGAAAUUAAACCCAUCUCACGAAAUCAUGCUUGGUCUUGCUCUUUCUCAGUCAUUGGAUAAAUCAGUUCGUGAACAGGCCGAUAAAUUCUUAUUAAAUACAUUAACUCAAUUAUCACAAUCAAAUACUAAAUCAUUACCGGAAAAUUUAUUACACCAAUUACUUUAUAAAUUUAAAAUCCAAGAAACUCAACAACAACAAUUACAACAACCAACUCAACAAUACAAUGAUAUUAUAAAAUAUCUUCAAUCCAUUUCACCAGCAAAUUCAUUAGCUCUCUCACCAUUGGUCGAUGAUCAAAAUAUACCAAACUCCAAAAGAUUACAACAAGACAACCCAACUUAUGUAAAUUCUAUAAUCUCCAAAGUGUCACAACAAAAUGUUCCUUACCAAAUAAUCUUUAGUAUAGGGUUCUCCAGUUGCUCCUCUGCUGCUACUCUCAAAGAUAUAUUGUUCCAAUUCCCCAAACUAACUGAGUCCGACAUUGCUCAUAUAUUAAUUUCAAUGGCAGAUUUAACAUCACAGCAACCAAACAAUAAUAACAAUUCAAUUCCAUAUUUAACUUUUAGCGACUUAAAUAAAAAUAAUAAUAGCAGUGGCUCACCAUCAACCUCUGCACCAACUUCACCAUCAACUUCAACAUCAACUUCAACAUCAACAACAGCAGCAGCAUCAUCCGAAGAAUGGAAUAUUCCAAUUUUUGUUGAGGUUGUUAAAGAAUUGUAUCCAAAUAUUGAUUGGGAUAUUGUAAUUAGAGAGUUAGACUGUCCUGUAUUUAACCUUUAUGAUUUACGUGGUUUGGCAUUUAUUUUGGCUGUUUAUAAUAAAGCAACCAAUACCACCGAUCAAUUCCCAAUCGAUUUUAUACUCGAUAGAAUUUGGAUUAAUUCAUUAGGUCAAAUUCAAUUCUUAAAGAUUGCAAUUCAAUCAGAUUUCUUCCCAUUCUUUUUGUCACAAAAGAAGAAAGUUGACGAUGCUGUUUUAGGCAAAGCACCACCUUCAAUUACUCAUUGGAAUUCUUUAUCAUUAUAUGAAACUUUAUUCCAAUUAUCAGAAAUUGACCAAGAACAUUACCAAAAAGUCAAUCCAUUAUUUGAAUUCCCAAUUAGAAAUUGUCCAGAUUUAUUGCUUUUAGGUGUUUCCUCAAUAACAUUAAAAAAUAAUAGAUUACAAAAUGAAUUAUUAUAUCAUUUGUUUAACACUUUAUUACAAUCACAUAACUAUCAAUCAAUUAUUUCACAACUUUGGAAAGACCAUCCACAAAAUGUAGUUCAAAUUAUGUCGGAUAUAUACCAAAAAGAUCCAAAAGAAUUAUCUAGAUUUUUAGAUAUUGCCCAAGAGCUUAAGAUUUUAAGACCAAUGCUUUACUGUAAAACCUACCCAUUUAUUAUUAAUUUAGCACUUUUAGCUUCGCAAAGAGAAUAUUUAUUUUUAGAAAGAUGGAUACAAGAAAGAAUGAAAGAAGAUGAUCAUUCUUUUGUACAAGCCUGUGUAUCAUUUUUAUCUGAUCGUAUUGCAAAGAGAUUAAAAGAACAACAACAGCCAAACGAUCAAGCAACAUCAACUUUAAAUCAACCAAUUCCACUCUCAAAUACUGUACUUUUAUCUCUCCACAAAUCUUUAACUGACCUUUCUGAUCAAAUUUCACAAAAGCACCCAGAAUUAGUUAAUGAACUCAAACAACUUGGUCCUCAACUUCAAAGUACUGAAGAACCAACCGAAAGAAGAUUCUUACCAGAGGUAGAAGAAGAAACAAAUUCUUACUUUAUUAAGUUAUAUUCUGGUGACAUGACUGUUGAUCAAAUCAUUUCAAUAUUAAAAGAAUAUAAGGUCUCAAAGAAUCAAAAGGAUCAAGAUAUAUUCAGAUGCUUAUUAUUCAAUUUGUUUGAUGAAUAUAAAUUUUUAUCAGAUUAUCCAGAUAAAGAAUUAAAGAUCACCGGUGUUUUAUUUGGGUCAUUAAUUAAAAAUUUAUUAAUUUCAUCACAACCAUUACGUGUUGCCUUAAAAUAUGUCUUGGAAGCUUUAAGAUUCCCAAUCAAGAGUAAUAUGUUUGUUUUUGGUUUUAAUGCUCUUAUAUCUUUCCCAAAUAGAUUAGCCGAAUGGCCACAAUACUGGGCCCAAAUUUGUAGUAUCGACCACUUUAGAGAAAAUUAUGGUGAUAUGAUUUCUGCUAUCAAUCGUAUGAUUGACUCUUCUGAGACAACUAAGCAACCAGAGUUCCAUAAAUCAGCCAACUCCCCACCAGCUACCACAAUUUUAUCAUCACAACAAAUUCAAGAUGCUGAAAAUUUCACUUUUGAUUCAAAUAAUGCAGAUUUAAGUGAUCAUCCAGGUUUAGAUCAACAAAUACCAACCCAACAAAUACAACAACAACAACAACAACAACAGCAACAGCAACAAAAAUUAAAGAAAGAAAAUAAACAACAAAAACCAAAUAAAACACAUCAACCAAAUAAUACAAAUGAUGAAGAUGCUUUUAGUACAUCAAUUCCAUUGGGAACUUUGUUAAGUGCUACCAAAGAAAUCAUUCAACCAGAUGACGCAGUUAAAGAUAAAAUCUAUUUUAUCAUUAAUAACAUCUCUCAGCACAAUUUAGAUCAAAAAGCUAAGGACCUCAGAGACAUUCUUAGACCUGAGUUCUAUGAUUUCUUUUCCCAAUAUUUGGUUGUAAAGAGAGUUAGUAUCGAAGCUAAUUUCCAUGCUCUCUAUUUGGCUUUUAUUGACCGUCUUGCUAUUCCAACCAUCUCUGAAAAAAUUUUAUAUUUUUCACAACAAAAUAUUCAUACUCUUUUGAAAUCAGAAAAGAUUCGUGGUGAUCACAGCGAAAGAUCACUUUUGAAGAAUCUUGGUGGUUGGUUAGGUUUGAACACUCUUGCUAGAAACAAACCAUUGCUCCAAAAAGUAAUCUCUCCAAAAGAUCUUUUGAUCUAUGCCGCUGAAAAUGGCCUUUUAGUUGCUAUAGUACCAUUUGUCUCAAAACUUUUGGAAUAUUGCCAACAAUCUAAAGUAUUCAAACCACCAAAUCCAUGGGUUAUGGCUAUCGUUCGUUUAAUGUUAGAAAUCUAUAAUCUCAAAGAUUCAAAGAACAAUAUUAAAUUUGAAAUAGAAUUAUUGUUUAAUAAUUUAAAGAUCGAAUUUAGUGAUGUUACACCAAGCACAAUUUUAGCCGAGCGUAGAAUUCAACGUGAAAUGGAACAACAUACCCAACAAGACGACACUACAAGAAAGGAUAAAUCUCAAUCAUCUUUAGAUCUUCUUCAAAAUCUUCCACGUUAUUUAGUAUACAACACCUCGCUAGGAGUCUAUGCUCAAUCACCAAUCUUUAAGAAAGCCACUCCACUCGCCUUUGAAAAAGCAAUCCGUGAAAUUAUUGGUCCAGUAGUCGAACGUUCUGUUGCUAUCUCUGUAAUUACAUCUAAAGAAUUGGUCAGCAAAGAUUUUGCUACAGAAGCUGAUGAAACUAAGAUGAGAAGAGCUGCCCAUUUAAUGGUUCAAAACUUGGCAGGUAGUUUAGCCUUGGUUACUUGUAAAGAUCCACUUCGUGUUAGUAUUACUGCAUACUUAAAAACUUUACUUCAAAAUAAUAAUAGCCUCCCACCAAGUGAUGUACCACUCGAUGUUGCUGUUUCUGUUGUUUGCAAUGACAAUUUAGAUUUUGGUUGUACUAUUAUCGAAACAGCAGCUAAAGAAAAAGCUAUUGUUGCCAUUGAUGAAGUUUUAACUUCAAGCUAUAAUGACCGUCUCAAGCACAAAGAACAAAUGGGCCAACAACCAUUCUAUGAUAUGGGUUAUCUUACAACAUCAAUCUACCACACUCUUCCAGAUAGUCUUAGACCAAAACCAGGAGGUAUUCAACCAGAUCAAUUCCGUGUUUAUGAAGACUUUACCAAUCUUUCACAUCACGUUAAUAUUGGUAAUGUUAAUUCAGUCGAAGGUGCCACUGCUGCUCCUGAUCAAACCAAUCAAGCUACUGAUUUGUUCCUUGGUCAAAACUAUAAAGCAAACACUCAAGCUCAACAGGCCCAAAUCCAACAACAACAAUUGUUACAACAACAACAAUUAUUACAACAACAAAUGUUACAACAACAACAAGCUCAACAUCAAGCUCAACAAAUGCAACAAAGCCAACAAAACCAACAAAUGAUUCAACCAAACCAAAUGGUACCAAAUAAUGAAUUAACCGAAAAAUUCAUAAUGCUAAUGAACGAAGUAGAAAAGGUUGUUAUUAGAAUUUUAAGCCAAAAUCAAAAUGUUGAAUUAGAACUCCUUUAUACAGUUUCUCAACAAAUUCUUUUAUUAGUUCGUGUAUCACCAAACCAAUCUGAAUUAUUAGCUGGAUUUGCUCAAAAGAUUGUUGCUCGUUUAGUUGACCCAGAAAAAAAACCACUCUACGAAGUUUAUUUUGAACUUUUAGAGGUAUUCCGUGAUUGGGAUCAAAAAGUAAUUACCACAAUCACUUCAUUUGUUUUAUUCUCAAGUCCAGAUAAAAAACUCAAUCGUAUUUUAAUUGCAGGUCUAAUUAUUCAUCAAUUAAUCAAUGUAAACGAAUAUGAUUUAGCUCUUUCAAAGAUGUUAGUCGACACACGUAACUCUUCAUCAAUCGAUUUUGCUAUUAGUUUAAUUCGUUUCUGUCUUGUUGAAAACAACUAUGCAAAUAUAUCAGAAUUCCCAUCUACUCUCGAUUUACUUCAAAAGAUUGCUGUUAGAUCACCAAAUGAAAUUUUGGUUAAAACUUUUGAUGAUAUCAAGAACAAUCCAAAGGAAGAUAAGAAACGUAGAAUCUCUCGUAUUCGUCAAGAAGAUAUGAUUGCCGAUCCACCAGGACUUAAAGAAGCUGUCAUUGCAUUACUCCAAGAUUGGUUAGUUUUCUCAUCAACAAACAACGAUCAAAAAAUUCUUGUUCAAUACCUCGGUCAAGUUUUACAAAUUAGCUUUAUGAAGAAUGAAUUAUACUUUAUCAAAUUCUUUAGAUUAGGUGUUGAAUAUUCAUUAGAAAGAUAUCAAGCAAACUUUGAAACCAACUCUCCACAAUAUCUCGAAAUUGAUUCAUGGUGCAGAUUUGUUGUUUUAAUGAUCAAGCAUGCCGACCCAACAAAACUUAAUAUGUUAACCAAAGUAUUAAGUGUUCUCAUCAAGACUCUUACAAAAGAUUAUGAAAGUAACCCAACCAGAUUCAAUCAACGUCCAUACUUAAGAAUCUUUGAAAAUCUUAUUGUAGAUCUUACAUCACCAGAUCCAGUUCUUGAACCAUAUAUCAAUCAUAUCCUCUUUUGUUUUGUUAAUGCUCUUGCAACUCUUCAACCACAAAAGUAUCCUGGUUUCUGUUUUGCUUGGUUAGAUUUACUUUCCCACAAAUCAUUCAUGCCAAAAUUAUUACAUCGUCAACAAAGACAAUGGUUCCACGCUCUUCUUUGCCAACACUUCAAAUUUAUGGAGCCAUUCCUUCGUAAUCCAUCAGAUUUAUCAAAUCCAACCCGUAUUCUUUAUAGAGGCACUCUCAAGGUAUUACUUGUUCUUCUCCAUGAUUUCCCAGAAUUUUUAUGUGAAUAUCAUUUCAGUUUAUGCGAUGUAAUUCCAGCCAGUUGUGUCCAACUUCGUAAUAUUAUUCUUUCAGCUUUCCCAAGAAAUAUGAGAUUACCAGAUCCAUUCACUCUUAAAAUGAAAAUCGAUUCACUUCCAGAUAUCGCUCAACCACCAAAGAUCCUUUCAAAUUAUACAGCUGGUCUCAAAAACUUAAAGAAUGAAGUCGAUGUUUACUUAAAGACCAGAGGUCCAUACUCAUUCCUUACCGAUCUUAAAUCAAAGGUUACCCUCACCGAUAAAGAAGAAAUUUUAGUUAAUGGUUCAAAAUAUAAUAUUCAAAUGAUCAAUUCAUUAGUUCUUUACCUUGGUACUAUGGCAAUCCCAACUCUCCAAAGUAAGAAUGGUCCACUCACACCACAACAUUCUGCUCCAAUGGAUAUCUUCCAUCGUUUAGCUCUCGAUUUAGAUUGCGAAGGUCGUUAUAUUUUCUUAAAUGCAAUUGCUAAUCAACUUCGUUAUCCAAACAGUCACACUCAUUACUUUAGCUGUGUUCUUUUAUUCCUCUUCUCUGAAUGUAAUUCCGAAAUCGUUAAAGAACAAAUCACCAGAGUAUUAUUAGAAAGAUUAAUUAGCAGCAAACCACAUCCAUGGGGUUUGUUAGUCACUUUUAUCGAAUUGAUAAAAAAUAUUCGUUUCAACUUUUGGUCUCACGCAUUCACCAAAAUUGCACCAGAAAUUUCAAAAUUAUUUGAUUCAGUUGCUAAAAGUUGUUUAAGUAGAGAACAACAAUAA